AUGAACCCCAGGGGCCUGUUCCAGGACUUCAACCCGAGUAAGUUUCUCAUCUACGCCUGCCUGCUGCUCUUCUCCGUGCUGCUGCCCCUCCGCCUGGACGGCGUCAUCCAUUGGAGCUACUGGGCCGUGUUCGCCCCCAUCUGGCUGUGGAAGCUCCUGGUCCUCGCGGGCGCCUCGGUGGGCGCGGGCGUUUGGGCGCGGAACCCGCGCUACCGCACCGAGGGGGAGGCCUGCGUGGAGUUCAAGGCCAUGCUGAUCGCCGUGGGCAUCCACCUGCUGCUGCUCAUGUUCGAGGUCCUGGUCUGCGACAGAGUGGAGCGGGGGACCCACUUCUGGCUGCUGGUCUUCAUGCCGCUCUUCUUCGUGUCCCCCGUGUCCGUGGCUGCCUGUGUGUGGGGCUUCCGACACGACCGGUCCCUGGAGCUGGAGAUCCUGUGCUCCGUCAACAUCCUGCAAUUCAUCUUCAUCGCCCUGAGGCUGGACCGGAUCAUCCACUGGCCGUGGCUGGUGGUGUUUGUGCCGCUCUGGAUCCUCAUGUCGUUCCUCUGCCUGGUGGUCCUCUGUUACAUUGUCUGGUCCCUCCUGUUCCUGCGCUCCCUGGAUGUGGUUGCUGAACAACGAAGAACGCACGUGACCAUGGCCAUCAGCUGGAUUACCAUCGUGGUGCCCCUACUCACCUUUGAGGUUCUGCUGGUGCACAGGCUGGAUGGCCAUAACGCCUUCUCCUACAUCUCCAUAUUCGUCCCCCUUUGGCUCUCGUUAAUCACAUUGAUGGCCACAACCUUUAGGCGGAAAGGGGGCAACCAUUGGUGGUUUGGUAUUCGCAGAGAUUUCUGUCAGUUUCUGCUCGAAAUUUUCCCAUUUUUAAGAGAAUAUGGGAACAUUUCCUAUGAUCUACAUCAUGAAGAUAGUGAAGAUGUUGAAGAAACAUCGGCUCCAGAAGCUCCUAAAAUCGCUCCGAUGUUUGGAAAGAAGGCCAGGGUGGUGAUAACCCAGAGCCCUGGGAAAUAUGUUCCCCCACCUCCCAAGUUAAAUAUUGACAUGCCAGAUUAA